GGCAAGUUUCAGUUUGUGGCAAUCACCGAACGAGAGCAGUUCGAAGCAGCGGUUAAAGCAAUCAAUGUAACUGGAUAUCCCAACAAGGCAUUGGGGCAACAGCACUUGCUGCAAGCAAGCAGAAGUGCAGGCCGAGAGCGCAAAGUAGGAGCACAAGGCAAAGUAGCCAGUGAAGUGAACUGCUUAAAAAAUAAGCAAAAUAAAGUAGAACUCAGCUUGAAAAAAAAGAAAAAAAAAAACAAAACAAAUCUACCGUGAGGAAGGACAACAAAAGUGUUGUGCAUGCAGUGCUAACACAAACAAUAACAAAAACUAAAUAAAUAAGCAAAAUAAAAACACCGAAAUUUUCAUUCCAGAUACAGACAAAAUUUUUGCUUUCGCAAGGAAUAUUGCGAAAAUGAAAAUUCAUUCAUAUACGAAAAAGUAGUAAAAACAUAUCUAGUUCAGUGAAAAUCUAUACAUAAAAGUGUUGAAGCCGUUGAUUUCGAGUAUUCUUCCAGCCCAACACAUUUGGAAUGUUGAAUAUAAGUUUGUUUUUGUUCGCUUGCGAGAUGCGAUAAGACCAAAAAAUUUACACACAACAAAUUACAAUCAUCAAAUAGUCAAAUCAUUGUCGCAGCAGUUGCUGUGACGGCAGCGACGGCAAAUCCAGCCACACAAUAAGCAGCAGAAAAGGCUACUACAACCCAAACGCAAGCAACAACGACGGCAGCGACGAUAACAACCGACGCUUGAAAAUGUCAACACUUCCGUUUUUGUUGAGCGUCGCCGAUGAGCUCGAUAACCUCAACUCCCAAUCGUACAUGGACGACUUCGGGCUGGGCUUCCAUCCGCACCGCCAGUACUACCGUACGCCCACCAUCCAAUUGUCCUUGCCCGCCAGCACCGAUUGGAUGGAGCAUGACCGCUCGCAGCGCUAUCGCUCGCACAAAUUCGUCUUCGAAACACAAAACAAUCUAACGGCCACCGCGGAGGGCGAUGAGGCGGAAGGCACCGAUGAGGCUGGCAAUGGCGGCCGUGGCGGCGCGCUGGACGGCAGCGGUACGGACAAUGCGUAUGUAGAUCGCUACGGCAGCGGGGCAAGCACGUCCGCCGCCAGUCGCCAAAAAUACACUUCCCUACUCAACUCGAACAACGACGGCGAAGGCAAGGGAGUGCUCGGCGGCAGCGGCAGUGGCAGCGGCAGCAGCAGCACCAAGGGUGGCAAGCGCGAUGACGCCGAUGCCAUCGAUAACACAGUGCAGAUGUAUAACUUGUCGAAAAAAUGUUGCAAGAAUUACUAUCGACGCGGCGACGAACCGCAGUCGGGCGUACUGACGGCCAAGGAGAAAUCCGCAGAAGGCGGCUAUCGUUUGCAUGCCAAGUGCAUGGAGGGCGCCAACUCGUCGUCGGAUGAGAGCUUACAGAAGCCCACAUCCUCCAUUGAAUUUUUGACGUGCUUCCUGUUGAAGAAGUCGCGUGCGCCCAAAGGAGCGGGCAUCAGCGGUGGCAAGAAAUCGUCGUAGGACACGGUUUCGAAGCGUAGAAGCAAUUGUUUCUGAAUAUGUUGGAGAGGGGCGGGUGGCGAUGGCGAAGGCGAAGGCGAAGUCAAUGGUGACGGUGAUGGCGACGGUAACGACGUGGGGGGAAAUCGUGGCGUGCCAGGCCGGAGUAAUGGUAAUGGGGAUUGGAGAGCUUGUUGCGGUGAAAUUGAUUAUCAGAAGUGAUGGUGGCGAAGGCGAAGGCGAAGGCGAAGGCGAGUGCCGAUUGAAGACUGACGAUGGACGAUUUACGCAGUCACGCGGCUGUAAUGUUGCUACAAUGCAACUCAACUGAGCAACUGUGCAAUCGAGUGAGUGGCGAAGGUUGUAACGUUACACCUUGGCUCUUCGUGCACAGACAAACUGACGCGCUUUCACACUUUAUUUGGCAAUGAGUUUGCGAAGCUGUCAAGGGUAAAAUACAAGGUCUUCGAGGUGCAGACGGGCGUUGAGGGAUUACGGCAAAGGUUGGUUGGAGAAAUCAAAUGCGCCGCAAAAAGUGCAAUGAAAAGGGAUUCUCAUACAAAGCGAAAGUGAGAAGAAAAUGCAGCAGUUUUGAUGCAUUCGCAUAUAAAAUUUAGUACUUACGCAUAACAUUUACAUAUAAUCGCAUAUAGCAAUUUGAAAUUAGUUGUAAAUUGAAAAAAAUGUAGACUUAUUAGGGCCGUUUUCACCAUCUCUGGUUAACACUAAGCUCCAGUUAAACCUCUUUACCGACGUUCUCGACACAAUCUUAUAUGUAUGGAGUCAAUAACGUCGGUAACGAUGUUUAACUGGAGAUUAGUCAUGCAACGCUAAGUAUGCAUAACUGGACUAUUAACCAGAGAUGGUGUAAACGGCCCUAAGUGUAGUAGUGCGUGGUUAAGUGAACGAUUAAGGAAAAUAUUCAAGCGGUGCCUAAUUGUUAGUUUCGUAGCUAAAAAAUACCUAAGGCCAUAAGCAACUGAACAGCUAAAGGCCGAGUUGGGUUUUUUUUGAAACUUAGUAAGCUUUAGCAAAUAAAUGUUUAUAGAAUGUUUGUAAUGUAUGUACGUGUAGCGGUAAUUUUUAAAAAUUUGCCCAGUUAUUUAUAAGCAAUAUUCGCAUAUACAUAUAUAUUGUUGGAGAGGCGGUGUUUUGGUGAUGAAAAACAUUGUAUAGUGUUUCUUAUUAAAAUUUUAAAAGUUCGACAUCUAACUAUGCGAAAUUUUUUAAUUUUUUUUUUGCAGCAAAAAUUCAUGUAAUUUGUCUAAAUUCGACUUUUUGGAAAAAUAAAGGCCUUGAAAGACCGGUGCAAAAUUGCAAAAUGAUUUUUUGCUCGCUGUACCCCCAACUUUGUCUACUAGGAUCGAAACAAAGUUAAAUGUUGUAUAGUUCGGUAACUACUUUUACAUUCCCAAACGUCAAGGCUUCAAAUUGCAGUACGGACUAAUCUCUUAAUAAAUUUUAUAGUCUUAGGUCUAUACGUCAUUAGUGAGCGCUGGUUCGUCAUUAACUUCUCGAAGCGCUGGCCAAGUAAAUGCAAAUGGAAAACAGCAUUAAAUGAUAAUAUCCAGAAAUUAUCAACAGGAAAUGUAUUGCUUUUCGUCACUUCAAGCAAAAACAAAAAAAAAAAACAAUAAAUAAGGGCUUGACUGAGAAGUUUUCGUCCAUCUACCGUAUAGCCUCGAUAUUUAUACAAAAUUCUCUUAGGGCCGUUUAACUGUCCGUUAAACACAUCAACUGCUCUAUCGAUCACAUUACAGGCAGGCGAUAAGGGCCUUCUUCUCGAUGACUCUAUUUGCCCAUCGCUUAUUGUGCCCCAUUAUUUCUGUCAUUUUGCGAAGGAGGCGUAAUCUUGCAAACCAUCGUACGCUUGACCUAACAGAGCAGCCCGCUCCGGUAAAUAAAAUACGGUCACAAUAAGUGAUUCCGAAACUGUGGGACAUUCGGCUUAUAUCGCAAUAGCACUUCGUCUGUAGACUGAUUUGUUGCCCCGACUAUACGAACCCAAGUGCAAUGCAUCUGUCCACACCUCGGAAACAUAAAAUAUUACGUAGCUCAGAGUGCUCGGCAAUCUUUACCUAUGUUUUUUUUUGGUUCUCUGGUAUCUAACAUAAUUCUCGAAGAUGUCUUGAAUGUGUUUGGGAUGGGAUCACAAAAUGUUUAACAAAUUAAAAAAAUCUGUAUUUAAAUAGAAGCGUCGGGGGUACUGCGCAUUGUACUUACAGUACUCACAGCACCGCUUUUCCAGAGUUCUCCAGAUAUUGUUUUCUCUGAUAUCGGUUUGACCAAAUGUGAAGCUUCAAUUUUCACAGGAAAACAAAUUGCUUCGAUGCCAGGCCUACAGAUAAUUGCAAAGCUUUGAUUCAGUUCAAUAAAAUUGCAUUCUAAGACCUUUUCCGCAGAGACAAGCUCUAAUACAAAGCCGUCUAAAAGCAGAUAGAUCAUUUGGAUUCGAUAGAAACACCAAUUGGUGAAGCUUCCAUCGCUUGGGGAAAACGCUUUUCUUUAUAAAGUCGUCUUCACACCUUACGAUGACGGGAACCGUUUUCGAACGAUUUUAAAGCUGGCUUCAAAUUGUGAGGCUUACAUAUAUACCCAAUCGGAAAAAUGAGGAACGCUGGCAGACCUUCCUUUUGCAAGGUGUAUUAGAAGAUCUGCCAAUAGCGCUGCCAUUCGAAUUCGGGCGAGAAGUUGUAUUUGAUAAGCAAACAAAGUCAAAUAAAAGCGAAAAUUGCAGUAAACGUUUCUAUGAGGGUCUGUUGCAAAAUA